ACUGCUGAGAAGAUGCUGAGAAAUGGUUCUAAGAAACUCCCAGUCUUUCUUCUACCCCUGCUUCUCUUGAUUGGCCACGCAAUACAGGACAAUAGCCUCCAGGUCAGAGGAAUCCUAAACCAGUCAGUCUACUUGUCCAACCCCAAGACACUCGACCUCCCUGUAGAGAAAGUAAUGUGGGAAGUGGAGAUCAAUGGAGAAAUGUUUCCAUUAGCUGAUUACAGAGAUCGACACUUAGAGAUGUAUAACAACCAGUUCACCAACCGCUUGGAUGUAUCCAACAAUGGAACUGCAUUGAGAAUCCGAGAGCUGAGAAAAGAGGAUGGCACCACCUUCACCGCUUAUAUUACUCUCAUUAACAAAGUCAUUAAAAUACUGGUAUUUCAUCUCAGAGUAUAUGAACCUGUUCCUGAGCCAAAUCUACAUACAGAAGUGGAGAAAGUCAAAAAGAUGUGGUGUAACAUUACUCUGCAUUGCUCUGUGCCAACUAAUGUGUCCUUGGUGUUCUUCAGCUGGAUGUACAGGAAUGGGAGCUCUGGGUACCAGCACUAUGCCAAUGGCACCACUAUCCACCUCUCACUAAUGGCCAUUCCCCAAAAUAUGGAUUUCCUCUGUUUGGUACAGAAUCCUGCAGAGCAAAAAAAUGUAUCUGCUCGGGUACAAGAAAUGUGUAAAUAUGAGCGAGAUUCUGAGUGA